AGCCUUUCGGUGCCGAAAUUCAACUACUUGGGAAAAAUGUAAAUCUCAAUGUCACUCCUCAGUAAAUCAUGGUAAAAGCUCUACCAAUACAUGGCAUAAUCCAAUUUCAAAACGAUCUAAGAAAAAAAGCAGAUUCCCACAAGUUCAUUUAUUCUCUCUCUGUCUCUUUUUGACUUCCAAAUCUGAAACUCUAUUACACUUUCAUGAUUCCUGUGCCUUAAUCUCUUGUAUAAAUUCCCCAUUUGUCACUGUUAAAACCUUGGGAAAAUGGCAGUAGAUGUUGUCAGUCCAAGAAUCUCAUUCUCUUAUGAUCUAAGGGAAGCAGAUUUCGUGCCAGUAGAAUCCCACAACCCUCAAUCAGAUUUGGAUUUCAUUGAUUUUGAUUUCUCAAUUGGCGAUAAUUUCUCGUUAGAACUUUCAUCUGCUGAUGAACUCUUUGCCAAUGGUAAAAUCCUCCCUGUGGAAGUCAAGAAAAUCGAGCCCACAAAAGAAAUCUAUCAAUCCCAGCCAAUUAAACCAAAUCCAUCUACAGAGACUCGUAAAAUUGCUCAAAAUGAAAACGCAGACACAGUUACAAAGAAGAAAACUCUCAUAGAAUUUUUAUCAAACGCCUGUGAUGCAGAAGAAAAGCCACCCACAAAACCAUUUUGGCAGUUCAGAAGAAGCUACAGUUUAAAUUCUGACAAUGGAUUGCUUCGAUCUUUAAAGUUUCUAUCAAGAAGCAAUUCGACUGGUUCGACUCCGAAUCCCAAGCCGUCGGCAUUGCCGAAAGUUAUUCACAAGCAGAAUUCACUGAAAGAGCCAUCAACUAGGAGCAAAAACCCAUCUGCAAAUUCUUCACUUUUCAGCCAAAACUAUUCCAAUAUUGCACCAAAAAGACCUUCAUUGAACAAGAGUUCAAGCAGAUCCUUUGGCAAUGGAGUUCAUAUUAAUCCAGUUUUGAACAUUCCUCCCGCUUACAUUGCUAAAGGUACUGUAACUUUAUUUGGUUUAGGUUCAUUGUUCUGCAACGGAAAAUCCAAAAAGAAGAAAAGAUGAUUCUCGAUUUGUUCAUCCUUUU